GUUCUUGAGUUCUUUGAGUUCUUCAGUUCUUUGAGUUCUUCAGUUCUUUGAGUUCUUGAGUCUUCUCAACUAGUAGUUGGGUGUUAAGAGUGUUGAGUUGCUCUUGUGCUCCUCUUGAAGUUUCUACUGGUUGCUCUUCAACUGAGGGCCCAAAAAGCUUGGAUUGAGAAGACGUUUCAGAAAAGAGAAUGCAUCCAAAUAUUUCCCAGCAAAGAACCCAACAGGUACCGUUCAUGCCACUGUUUUCACAGAACCCAACAGGUACCGUUCAUGCCACUGUUUUCACAGAACCCAACAGGUACCGUUCAUGCCACUGUUUUCACAGAACCCAACAGGUACCGUUCAUGCCACUGUUUUCACAGAACCCAACAGGUACCGUUCAUGCCACUGUUUUCACGGAACCCACUUUCCUUGUUCCUCACUGCUCUCAUAUGCUUCCAUGUUAAGCACCAGAUCAUCUGUUGAGGCUGAGAGAGUGCUUUCACUGACCCAGUUUUAAAAAAAAACCCUCUGUGUUUUUAGAGUGCUGGAUAACGUAGUGUACGUCCCAAAUAGCACCCUAUUCCAUACAUAGUGCCCUGCCCUAUUGGGCUCUGGUCAAAAGUAGCGCACUAUAAAGGGAACGUGGUGCUAUUUGGGACGUGGGCUUAAUGAAUUCUCCACUCGUACAGAAACGCUCUCAGUAAGAAAUUGGAUCAACAACAACCGGCUAUUACGUGGCCCAAAUCCCUUACAAUGGUGGUGAUUUUUGUGGCUUAACGUGACAGCCCCCCUCAGCUAGCUCUGAGCAAACAGAGAUGCAACUGAAAUUGGACAGCACACAACAGCUAACAGCUGUUAGUACCGCGGUGAAGUAGCUCGAUGCUGCGUUGUGAAAGCAAUUCUAGCCAUCUUUCAUAGCUAUUUACAUGAUUUGUCUGUUUUUUGUCUUUCAACAUUCCGUCACGGCACGCUUCUAUUAACACUUUAUAAACCAACAUGUAGAAAGCAUUAUGAAGUGGUUAUAAUGCAUUAUAACGCCCGCAGUAAGCAUGUAUAACCCCUUCUAUGUCCUCCCUUUCUACCUCCAGGUGCAGUUGUGGUCAGGUAGUGAACCAGCAUGUGGCUAUCAUCCCGGGAGCGACCACCAGGGCGGCGGAAGAGGCAGGUCAGAUCGCGCAGGUGGCAGCGCCCAAGGAACGCUGGUCCGUGCUUAAACACACACAGGCCACGCCCACAGACGCAUACGGCAUCAUGGAGCUCCAGGGAGGAGGACAUGUCAACAAGGCCAUGUACAUCCGUGUGGCGUACGACUCCAAGCCAGACAACCUGCUCCACAUGAUGGUGAAAGACUGGCAGCUGGAUCUCCCCACCCUGCUCAUCUCUGUCCACGGGGGGCUGCAGAACUUUGACCUGCUGCCCAAACUAAAACAGGUGUUUGGAAAGGGUCUGAUCCAGGCUGCAGUCACCACCGGAGCAUGGAUACUCACUGGUGGAGUCAGCACUGGAGUGAUCCGGCAUGUUGGAGAUGCGUUGAAGGACCACUCCUCCAAGUCCAGAGGGAAAGUAUGUGCCAUCGGGAUCGCUCCAUGGGGCAUCGUGGAGAACAGGGAGGAUCUGAUAGGAAGAGAUGUGACUCGUCCAUACCAGACCAUGUCCAACCCCAUGUCCAAGCUGUCUGUCCUCAACAACAGCCACUCCCACUUCAUCCUGGCAGAUAACGGGACCCACGGAAAGUACGGAGCAGAGGUUCGCCUCCGCCGUCAGCUGGAGAAACACAUCUCCCUGCAGAAGAUCAACACACGUCUGGGCCAGGGGGUACCUCUGGUCUGUCUGAUCCUGGAGGGGGGUCCCAACGUCAUCUCCAUAGUCCUGGAGAGCCUGAGGGAGGACCCCCCUGUCCCGGUGGUGGUCUGUGAUGGCAGUGGAAGGGCCUCUGACAUCAUCUCCUUCGCACACAGAUACUCCGAGGACGACGGGUUGGUGAGCGAUAACGUGAAGGACCAGCUCCUGGUCACCAUACAGAAGACGUUCAACUACAACCGCGGUCAGGCCCAGCAGAUCUUCCUCAUGGUGAUGGAAUGCAUGAAGAAACGAUCUCUGAUCACUGUGUUCCGUAUGGGAGCAGAGGAACCGCGGGACAUAGAGAUGGCCAUACUGACGGCCUUGCUCAAAGGCACCAACGCCUCCGCCCCCGACCAGCUGAGUCUAGCCCUGGCCUGGAACAGAGUGGACAUCGCUAGGAGCCAGAUCUUCGUCUACGGUCACCACUGGCCCAUGAGCGGCAGCGCGGCCAACACCACAGCAUCCCAGGAUAAGCCUAAGAGCCCGGUCCCAGCCCGCGGGGGAGGAGGCGGGGCACGGAAGGGGAAGGCUAGGGUCAACAAGGUCAAAGGGGGCAGGGCCAAACCUGAACCUCCGGAGGAGACGGACCCCAGGAAGCUGGAGCUACGCAACUGGGUGAACUCUCUGGAGCAGGCCAUGAUGGACGCCCUGGUGCUGGACAGGGUGGACUUCGUCAAGCUGCUGAUAGAGAACGGCGUCAACAUACACCACUUCCUCACCAUCCCCCGUCUGGAGGAACUCUACAACACGAGGCUGGGCCCUACAAAUACACUCCACUUUGUAGUUAGAGAUGUUAAAAAGGGAAAUCUUCCACCGGAUUACCAGAUCACCUUGAUCGAUAUCGGAUUGGUCCUGGAGUUCCUGAUGGGUGGGGCUUAUCGCUGCAACUACACCAGAAAGCAGUUCCGCACCCUCUACAACAACCUCUAUGGUGUAAAAAGGCCGAAAGCUCUAAAAAUGUUAGGACUGGAGGACGACGAACCACGAGGAAAGGGCAAGAGCAAAGGGAAGAAGAAGAAGAAGGAGGAAGAGACGGACAUUGAUGUGGACGACCCAGAGGUCUGCCGCUUCCAGUUCCCGUUCCAUGAGCUGAUGGUGUGGGCCGUCCUCAUGAAGCGCCAGAAGAUGGCUCUGUUCCUGUGGAAGCGGGGGGAAGAGGCCAUGGCCAAAGCUCUGGUGGCCUGUAAGCUGUACAAGGCCAUGGCCCACGAGUCGUCUCAGAGUGAUCUGGUGGACGACAUCUUCCAGGACCUGGAAAACAACUCCAAGGAGUUUGGCCAGCUGGCCUACGAGCUCCUGGACCAGUCCUAUAAGCACGACGAGCAGGUGGCCAUGAAGCUGCUGACGUACCAGCUGAAGAACUGGAGCAACUCCACCUGCCUGAAGCUGGCCGUAGCCGCCAAGCACAGAGACUUCAUCGCCCACACCUGCAGCCAGAUGCUGCUCUCUGACAUGUGGAUGGGACGUCUGAGAAUGGGCAAGAGUAACGGGUUCAAGGUGAUAUUUGGCAUAAUCUUUCCACCUUCGAUUCUCCUCAUGGAUUUUCGACUCGGGGAAGAAGUGACACAUCAAGCCCCGGUGGAGAGCGACGAAGAAAAGGGCAAAGACGAUGACAAUAAAUCCAGCAAGGAAAUGAAUGCUGAUGCAGUGUCCAAAACUGGAGAUGAAGUAGAAACCAUGGUGACAAAGAGAAGAGUUCCGAUCAGAAAGAAGAUCUAUGAAUUCUACAAUACUCCUUUCACCAAAUUCUGGUUCAACACUAUCUCCUACCUGGCCUACCUGUGUUUAUACAACUACAUCAUCCUGGUCAAGAUGGAGCGCUGGCCGUCCCUACAGGAGUGGAUAGUCAUCUCUUACAUCAUCACUCUGGGAAUGGAGAAAGUCAGACAGAUCCUGAUGUCAGAGCCGGGGAAGCUGAAGCAGAAGAUCAACGUUUGGGCCGAAGAGUACUGGAACAUCACAGACGCGGCGGCCAUCUUUACCUUCCUCCUGGGCCUGAUGCUGAGGCUGCAGAACGAGCCCCUGAUGAGCAUCGGACGGGUCAUCUACUGCGUGGAUAUCAUCUUCUGGUACAUCAGAGUGCUCGACAUCUUCGGGGUCAACAAGUAUCUGGGUCCAUACGUCAUGAUGAUCGGGAAAAUGAUGAUUGACAUGUUGUACUUUGUGGUGAUCAUGCUGGUGGUGUUGAUGAGUUUCGGCGUGGCGCGGCAGGCCAUCCUGCACCCUGAUGAGAUCCCAACAUGGCGUCUGGCCAGGAACAUCUUCUACAUGCCCUACUGGAUGAUCUAUGGGGAGGUGUUUGCUGACUCCAUAGACCGUAAGAGUGACAUUAAUAUCUAUGCAAUGGAAAUAAAUCCGCCAUGCGGUGAUAACAUGUACGAUGAAGAUGGGAAGAAGCUUCCGCCUUGUAUCCCUGGAGCAUGGCUCACUCCAGCCAUCAUGGCCUGCUACCUGCUGGUGGCCAACAUCCUCCUGGUCAACUUACUCAUCGCUGUCUUCAACAACACCUUCUUAGAGGUCAAGUCCGUCUCCAACCAGAUCUGGAAGUUCCAGCGCUACCAGCUGAUCAUGAAGUUCCACGACCGGCCCCUCCUCCCUCCGCCCCUCAUCAUCUUCAGCCACGUCUUCAUCAUUCUGAAGCACGUCUGCCGCCGCUGCAAGAGGAGAACAGAGGGCGAGCAGGACGACAGGGACAACAAAGGACUACAGCUGCUGCUGAAUGCUGAGGAGCUGAAGGCUCUGUAUGAGUUCGAGGAGCAGUGUGUGGAGGAGUAUUUCAGAGAGAAAGAGGAAGAGGAGCAGUCGUCUAACGACGAGCGCAUCAGGGUCACAUCUGAGAGGGUGGAGAACAUGUCGAUGCGCCUGGAGGAGGUGAACGAGAGGGAGACCUCCAUGAAGGCUUCCCUGCAGACGGUGGACCUUCGGCUGGGUCAGCUGGAGGAGUUCUCCGGACGUAUGAUGAACGCCCUGGAGAAGCUGGCCGGGGUGGACCACAACGACCUGGUCAGGGCCCACUCUGGGGUCUCCUCAGUCUGCGACCCGUCCUCCCUGUUCCGUCACAGCUCCGUCAACAGCUCUGACGGCUACAGCCUGUACCGGUACCACCUGGAGAUGGGAGAUGACACCCGCUCCGAGGCCGGGGACAUCAAGAGCCCUGAGAGGAUGGGGAGCCAGAGGAAAGGGAGCCAGAGGUUGGCGGUUGAGAGGAAAGGGAGUAUGAGAGAAACGACGACCAGCACCACGGCCCCUGUGAAGGAGUACGGGGCCACGUUAGAUGUGGUGGGGCCCAGAGAGAGGAAGCAUUCCAGCUCCAGUGUGGAUAGACUGAUCUCUGGGCAGAAGGAAACCCAGAGGCCUGAGCCUCCUACAGGGUCUUCUCCACAGCCCAACCCUGUAGCCUCCCUGGACGCAGCCCUGGAGAAGGCAGGGGUGACCAUGGAGAAGAUCAAGUUAGAAGCAGCCGUCUCAUACCCCCUGGGGAGGGUCAGGUCCCUGCAGUACCACCCACCAGAGACCCACAGUGACUGUCCGACCUCCAGGCCCAGAUCCAGGAGCGCUAUGGUGUACAACCCAGCCGAUGGGGGAGAUGAGGGGGAAACUUGGGCCACAGAUGUCAACAACCCCCUCACAGGGGAGCAGGAAAUGGGUACCUCCAGAUCUCCGACCAUGGGUCGCUGGGCAGCCCGCUUCGAGUACAAAGUCCACCCCUGCCCGUUCGGCCACACGCCCAAAGUCUCCAUGGAGAAGCUAGUCCCCACCACCACCACCGAUACGAAGGACGAGGCAGAGGUCAAGGAGACAACGACAGAUGGUGAACAACAGGAGCCAGGGAAGAGCAACAAAGAUGGCGGUGAGGAGAAGCAGGAAGCGGAGGACAAAGAUACUGGUGGAGGCCUUCUGCUUGUGGCAGAGGACAGGAUGUAUCCAUCACUGAGGUCUAAGAGCCUGAACACCAACCCCAGGAAGGUGAAGACCAGAGGCGACUACGUGCAGAGACCCAAGUCAGCCAGUAGUGUAAAAGACUUAACAGCUAUGUUUGGAGGGACUGGGGAGACAGAGACAGAGGUAGAGACUGACAGACAGUGUUAAAGACCUAACAGCUAUGUUUGGAGGGACUGGAGAGACAGAGACAGAGGUAGAGACUGACAGACAGUGUUAAAGACCUAACAGCUAUGUUUGGAGGGACUGGGGAGACAGAGACAGAGGUAGAGACUGACAGACAGUGUUAAAGACCUAACAGCUAUGUUUGGGGGGACUGGGGAGACAGAGACAGAGGUAGAGACUGACAGACAGUGUUAAAGACCUAACAGCUAUGUUUGGAGGGACUGGGGAGACAGAGACAGAGGUAGAGACUGACAGACAGUGUUAAAGACCUAACAGCUAUGUUUGGGGGGACUGGGGAGACAGAGACAGAGGUAGACUGACAGACAGUGUUAAAGACCUAACAGCUAUGUUUGGAGGGACAGGGGAGACAGAGACAGAGGUAGAGACUGACAGACAGUGUUAAAGACCUAACAGCUAUGUUUGGAGGGACAGGGGAGACAGAGACAGAGGUAGAGACUGACAGACAGUGUUAAAGACCUAACAGCUAUGUUUGGAGGGACUGGGGAGACAGAGACAGAGGUAGAGACUGACAGACAGUGUUAAAGACAAAACAGCUAUGUUUGGAGGGACUGGGGAGACAGAGACAGAGGUAGAGACUGACAGAAAGACAGAACACAUGAGACCGACUUCUGACGAUGGCUGACUGGUAUCACUCACUGUGGAAUGGGAUAAACUAGCCAAUGAUGUGUGGCAGAGCGGAGCAGCAUAGAACCGAUGUCUGAGACCCAGGAACGUUGCAUAUCUUGGUUCCACCAAUUCAUUCCAGUUCAUGGGGGACAGCUUUGCGCGAGCGAAUGGCGAAAAGUACAGCGAUUGUUGAGUUGUUGUUGAAUGUUUUUUUUUCUUCUUUUUAUUGUAUUAAAUGUAUUUCGUGUUCAUAAUCAAGCAAAAU